AUGAGCGCCUCUUGUCAGGCCUUUAAGGUCGUUGAAACGAAACGGCGGGCAACUUUGAAGGAAUAAAUGAAAGCCCAUUAGUCCUGGCAUAACCGUCCGUCAAUAUCUGAAAUACUUAUACCGUAUUUGGACUGUAUAAUUGUAUUUUGAAGAACAUGGUUGAUAACGAAUUAAAAAGCCUCAGUUUAAAUGGGAACCAAAAACGUAGCAAUUAUAUAUCAUGGGAUGAAUAUUUCAUGUCUAUAGCACUAUUGUCCGCUAUGCGCAGUAAAGACCCUUCGACUCAAGUUGGCGCUUGCAUAGUUAACCAAGAAAAGAAAAUUGUUGGAAUAGGAUAUAAUGGAAUGCCCAACGGUAUUUUAGAUGAUGAUGUCCCUUGGGGAAAAGAAUCAACAAAUGAACUUGAAAAUAAGUAUCUUUAUGUUUGUCAUGCAGAGUUGAACGCCGUACUGAAUCGUAAUGAAGCUCAUUCUGGAGGUUGCACACUAUUCACAACAAUGUUCCCAUGUAAUGAAUGUGCUAAAGUUAUUAUACAGGCUGGAAUUAAAGAAGUAGUGUAUUAUUCGGAUAAGAAGAAUGGAACGGAAUCUAAUCAAGCAGCUAAAUAUUUAUUUAAUAAAGCUGGUGUCAGCAUAAGGUAUGAUUUUAUGUUUCUCAUUCUUUGUGUGUGUUUCCACAGAAAAUUCACUCCAACGAAUCGAACUAUCAAUAUUAAUCUUAAUUAACUGAAGAUCCUAAUACAAAAAAAACGGAUAACUUACAAUCGACUAUGUAUCCACUGAAUUUGUACUGGACUGUUAGUUUUUGUAUUCAUAUUAUAGUUUAAUUUAAUAAAUACCGAUCAAUUGAGUAUCUA